GGUGCUGUGCGCGUGAGCUGCGUCGGUGCGCGAGGAUGAUGGUUGGGGGCUCCGCGGUUCUCACCCCGCAGGAGAAGGAGCAGCUGAAAGAAAAGCUGGCCUUAUUGAAAAGAGAAUACAAUAGAACAUUUCACAGAUUGCAGCGUGCUGAAAGUGCUGUGAAGGUUAAAAAUUACAUCGAGAAAACUCUUGCAGAGCAAAACCUGCUGCUUGCACAGGAGGAAGCUGCGAAGAACCAUGCAGGAAGCCUCAGUCAAUUACCUCCAGGGCCCCCGGAGGAGAGUCUGGCUGAAAUCUUCGAGAGCAGCAUUGCAGAGGCCGGGUGUGUCCCCUUUAAGCCCAAGGCCUUUGAAGGCAGCUUGCCAGAAAUGACAGGUUCCAGAAGUACCCAUCAGGCUGGCAGAAGGGUGCUUUUUAAUUCUGUGGGCCCUCCUCCUGAGAUAAAUUGCAGCCUGCACUCCGCCAGUAGGACCACUGGGCAAUGGAGAGGAACGCUCUCUUUGGCGAAGGGAAGAGAAUCGGUGUGGGAGGCACAUCAGAGAGGUACUGACUGCCAGCUGGAGCAUGAGACAGCCGUGGCCCAGGGCACGGGGUCGCCAGUCUUCAAGAAAAGAAGCAAGGUCUUGGAAACUGGCCAGGGGAGCCCCCCAGAGUCCUCACUGCCAACUGGCAGAGGAGGAAGCAGCCAUGUUACUCCUGAAGUGCUGCACCCAGACCGUGAACAGGGAAUGUUGGUGCAAAGUGAUGUUCCUGGGGUAACGCAGCCUCUUCCUUGUGUCCUGUCAUAUGGGAGUCGAGUGUACUUAGUUGACCAUGUGAGCGAAGGGAACGUUUAUCGUUUGGAUGACUCGGCUGCUAUGAACAUCGCUUUAUGUGCAAAUGUGCAGAAUGAGGAGAGAGAAUCUGUCCAGGUGGAAAAGGAGCCCAGAGGGGUGGCCAAGGAAGAUCCAGGAGGAUUAGUGGACCUAGCCGUGGCCAGUGACGCUGUCCAAGGAGUCAGAACUCUUCCUAAUUCCCAUAGAAGUGACCUUGAUAAUGGAGACCCCCCCACCAAGAAGACAAGUAGACAGGAUGAAGGGCACAGUCCUGAAGUGGGGUCAGCUCCCCUGGAAGGGGUCACUCCCAGUGAGAAGAUGCUGAGCUCCUGCACAGUAGUUGAGGGACUCAUGUUUCCAGUUGAAUAUUAUGUGAGGACGACGCGGCGGCUCUCCAGUCGCCAGGAGGAGGUGAACUUGGAGGCAGUCAUUCAGAGCCACCUGGGGAAGGGCAGAAAGGGCCGGAGGGUGACCCGCAAAGAGCAGGCGGUGAAUCUGGCCCAGUCCUCCCAGGAUGUCCCCAAAUGCGAUGAUCGGCUGAUCUUGCCUCCCAGCCUGCAGGGGGACACUUCUGCUCAGCCCCCCGGUCUCUCUCCAAAGAGUCCCCCUCGGCCCGGCAAAGGCCAGGUACGGUGCAGGAACGGGCAACGGCUGAGGUGGAGGACCAAGCAGAGGACUUCCUUCAGCUCAUGCAGGGCUCAGUUGGAGAACUUGGAAGGGGCGGCCCCCCAAGCAUUGGUUGAUACUGUGGAAGAAUUCCAUAAGGGGAAAGGAAACUGCUCGCGUGGAAGCAAGGCAGCAGCUGGCAGCCAUGUGGGCAGCAAGUGGAGUAGCCGGAAAGGGCUAGAGGGGCCCGUCCUUUUGGCUGGCAUAAGUCAGGGGGCUGAGUUCCAAACAGCCCAGUGCUCCGUCCCCAGUGGCCGGAGCAGCCAGGGAGGUGGUGAGGAACUGCCUCUCUCUGCAAGGAAGCCUUCUGGACAGACUGGGGGUCCCCAUUGCACCGGUCCCGGGCUGGUCUGGCAGGGCAAGUCCUCUUUGCCCCUGUUGGAGACCCUGGUGGCCUCCCUGGGAUGCACAGUGAGGCAAGCCUCCCCAGACAGAAGACGCAGCCCGCGUGUGGGCUGCCGGAGUCCUGCCUCUCCUGGCCUCGUGAGGGUGGGUUCUGCGGCAGCGGCGGUGGCUUUGCCUUUCCUCGCCCAGGACCAAGAGGGGCCCUGUCUUGGUUGGCUGCCUCCCAGCCUGGCCUGCCAAGAGUUCCACUUGCCUGAUGAGGAAUUUGGCCACUUGAAGUCCAAGAAGCUCAAAGUCUGUCCUGAGGAGCCGCUGGGGAUUGGUGAUGCUGGCAGGUUUGGUGAGGGGCCUCCGAGCACUGCUGGGGAGGCCCCUCUUGAGGAAGGAGUGGCGUCAGAGCAGAACCUCACUCCUGGAAUGGGAGAGGUGCCACCGGCUCUUCCUUCCCGUGAGCUGCUCCUCUCCCCAGCCUCAGAAGGUGGACGGAGCCUGCUGCCAUCCCUGCGGGCCACCCUGGAUUUUCCUCUUGUGGGGGCAACCCCAGCACCCCUGGCUCUGCAGCACAGGGAGUCCUCCCCAGACACGCAUCGGGUCUCUCCUCCGCGAGCGGCUGCGGCAGCUUCUUCCUUCCCAGAAAGCGGCACGGGGCUGCCUGGCUCCCCGGACUGGGUCGGGAUCAGCAGGAAGGCCGGGGAGGAAGCCGCCAGCCGUGAGGAGGAGCAGCUGCCAACUGAGGAGCCAGUUGAGCGUGACAAGGAGCCCCCCCUGCAGAACAACACGGCAGAUGAUGUCCUGCAAGUGGCACUGGGGGGCAUUCGGAGAGAAAGCAACUUGAAAAUGACUUCAAAACUAAAGGAUAGCUCUGGCUCCUGCUUGGUGGACGUGCGCGCUGUCUGGUGGGAAGCUGCUGACUUAGCAGAAAUGUGUGUUGUGACAGCUGAGGAGACAUCUGUUUCUCUCUGGAGGCCUCUGGAUCUUGGCCAGUGGGGGAUGGUGCACACCUGGCACUUUACAAAGUUUCCAGUUAUCCAAAUCGUUCCCCUGCCAGGUGCUCACAGCGUGGUGUGUGUGGUGCUGGGACACCUGGAGGCAUCAGAGAUAAGGCAAGUUGUAAAACCUGCAGGGCUUCAGGUUAUGUCUUUCUCAGCAACAAAUGGAACCGUAGACCUAAGAUCAGAGGGAGACUUCUGUUCUUCUAGGCUUUUGUUCCAUUCUUCUGAAGAUGGCUGUGUUAAAGAACAGGUGGUCAAAGAUGGAAACAUAAACGCUGUUCUUGGUCUGAGAGACAGGAAGCUGGUCAGUAGCUGUUGGUCACUCCAAGGUCAAGAAGUGGAAGUCUUUUCUUUCUCUGAGGUGGGAAGGAGCAACAAGAGAUGGGCUUUGAUGCCUCCAGAAGAGACCAUUUUGGCUUUUGCCGAUGUAGCUGGAGUACAGGAGGCUUUGCUUGGAAUGACAGCCAUGAACUGCAUCGUACUCUGGAAUCUGGGAACUGGACAAUUGCUGAAGAAGAUGCCUGUGGGUUGGUCUUUCCCUGCGUCCGUCUGCCACAAGGCCUACUCAGAUUCGGGCCUCCUCUUCAUGGUUUUAAGCCAUCCCCAUGCCAAAGUGAGCCAGCUGCGUGAGAACCCCGCCUUCCAGAUAGUUGCGCUCAAUCCCAAGACCGCCAGCAGCUCCAGGGUGAUGGUCUUAUCCCUGCCCCCAGGGAUCCAAGGAAGGUGCUUGGAGUGUGACGUGAGGGACGCUUCAGCAGCAGCUGUCCUGACGUCUGGAACCAUUGCUGUGUGGGAUUUAUUUCUGGGGCAGUGCACGGCGUUGCUGCCCCCCCACUCUGAAGGCAGCUGGACUCUGGCCAGAUGGUCAGUCACAGAUACUUGCCUGUUGGCUGGGCAAGACGAUGGCACGGUUUACCUUUACAGGCACAUAGGAAGCCUGCCCUCUGGGUGAGAGACGUGCUCUGUUAGGCACAGAUCUGGCUUCCUGCCUUUCGAGAAUUCUCUGGAGCUGAAUCUGUCUGAUGGCAGGUCCCGUGACACAUCAAGUUCACAAGGAAGACUCCACAACAGUUUGGUCCAAGAGAAACUCAGAAAUUGGGCAUGGUCACAAGCCACUUGGAAUAUUUCUUCUGCAAACGAACCAGAAUUAACAGGAGCUACUGGUUGGCUAAAUUUCACCUUUUUUUUUUUUUGAAGAAAUUGCCUUGUACCUGUUUAAAAUGAAACCGAAAAAGCAAGCAACGCAUUUUCUUGACUGUUCUUGAAUAUGUCAUUAUUUUUUGUAAAAGGUUUCUAGGUUUUUGUUUGAGGAGUGAGCAGGGAUAAAUAAAUAUGACAAAAAGUCAUCUUUCCAAUCAAUCAAGUA